AUGAAAUCAAAAAGAAGCAAAAGUAAAGAUUAAGUUGAAAAAUAAGUCAAAUGUAGCAAAUUUAUUUAUUAUAGUUGAGUACAUAGGAAAUAAUUUAAGAUCAAUAAAAUUUUUUGUGGAAUAUACAAAAGACAAAUAGAUAAAAUAUAUUUUGGAUGGAAAUAUAUUGAGAGAGUAAUUCCUAAUUCUAUAAAUAAAUUAGAUAAUAAAUCAUUGAUACGAAAGUUUAGCCUGAGAUUAUGAGAAACUUGGAAUAAGUUAAAUAUCUUAGAUGGGAAGGUGAAUUGGGAAAGAAUAAAUAGAAAAUUAAAAAAUGGAAUGCUUUUUGGAGAGAAUCUAAUUUACAUUUUGGAGGAAUGUAUAAUGAAAACGGGUAAAAAUAAGGAAAAUGGGUAGAUUUAUUCCCAAAUUUCUUUGAGUAAAUUUUUCAUUUACUCAAAUUAGCUUAUGUAAAGUUACUAUUUAAGGAAUGUAUAAAUAAGGUUUAAAAUAAGGAGAAUGGGUUUAUUAUUUUGAAAAUUAACAAAUGUAAGCUUUUAAAAACUAAUUAUAGAGCUAAUGGAAUUUAUAAUGAAAAUGGAUAAAAAAAUGGAACUUGGGUUGAACUUUGCGAUUUCUAUAGCAGAUUAAAAUAUAUUAAUUGUUAGAGAUAAUAGUAUAACUUAUAGAGGAAAAUAUAACAAUGGGGUAAAAUUUGGAAGGUGGGAUACUUAUUAUUAAAUUGACUUUUUUGAUGAAGCUAAAUUGAUGUGUGUUUAUCAAUUUAUAUUAAUAGUGGCGGAGGAGAGUAUAAUAAAUAAGGAGAAAAAAAUGGGAGUUGGAUUGAAAUACAUGAAAAGGAUUUUAGGUUAUUGAAUAGUUAUAAAAUUUAGUACAUGUGACCUUUAUUUUUUAGGAAAAUAUAAUCAUGGCAAGAAAUAAGGAAAAUGGGAAACGUAAUUUAAAAAUUUGACAGAUGAUAUAGAAUUUUAUAUUAUGUAACAAGAAUACAAGCUUAAUCUAGUGGAGGAGGUUCAUAUGAUGAAAAUGAAUUAAAGACAGGAUUAUGGAUAGAAAUUUAUGAAAAUUUUAAUGAGUAUUAAAUCGAUAUUUAUAAUAGCAUAUCCUAGAUUAUUUUGGAAGGUGAAUAUAUUUAAGGGAGAAAAUAAGGAAAUUAGACAACUAAAUUUAGAUUAAAUUAAAACCAUAAAUUCAUUAUAAUGUAUUAAUCUGCUUAUUGAUAUUUAGAGGAGGAGGAGAUUAUGACAAUCAUGGAAGAAAAAUUGGCAAAUGGAAGGAUAUAAUUGAUAAUUUUUCAAUGUAAAAUUAAUAAUUUAAUCCUUUUGCAAUUAGAGAAAACUAAGUAAUUGAGACUGGAGAAUAUGAAAAUGGAAAAAGAAAAGGGAAAUGGAUAACGAAGUAUAGGUAUAAAAUAAAGGAGACUUUUAUUAAAUUGUAAUAAUUAUUAUUAUUUGAAGUGGUGAAGGUAUUUAUGAUUAAGAAGUUAAAAAUGGAAGAUGGGUAGAACCUUUUAAAAACUUUCAAAAGUAUUCGGUUUGAAGAUGUUUUCUUAGUUUUUGUUAAGUGACUUUGGUUGGAGAUUAUUUAAAAGGAAAUAAAAUAGGCUAAUGGAAAAUUUUAUAAAGAUAUCACGAAAAAGAGAAAUUUAAAUAAAUGUUAUAAUAUUUUUUAUAAAUUUUAGCGGAGGAGGGGCUUACAAGAAAGAGGAUUUAAAAAUGGUUAAUGGUUAGAAUUGAUUGAUAAUUUUACAUUGUAAAUUUUUAUCUAAAAUCAGUUCAAAUUAGGUAAUUCUGUAAGGAAAUUAUUUAAAUGGUAAGAAAUUAGGC